UGGACCAGCUCCGGGGAUCUCUCUUCUUUCUCCUUCUGAUUCUGGCACCUUUAAGCAUCGUGGGACAUCCUCUUCUAACCCAGGUACCUUCCCAUGAGAGUUCUGUACAUCAAGUGAAAGCUCCCCAAAGUGAGCUCAUAAUUUCCAGCUUCUUUGUGCGCUCAACUAUUGUGUCCCGCUAUACCUCCACGCGAGUGUGGACUUCCAUGAGCAAUCCACAUCCCGAGGCCAAAGAAGCUGUCUUUGACUUGGAUCUUCCCAGUUCUGCCUUCAUCUCCAACUUUACCAUAACCAUUAAUGAGAAGAUCUAUGUGGCUGAAGUGAAGGAGAAGCAUCAAGCUAAGAAGAUGUAUGAUGAAGCCCGCAGGCAGGGAAGGACAGCAGCUCAUGUUGGCACCAAGGAUCGAGAAAUAGAAAAAUUCAGGGUGUCCACCAAUGUGGAAGCAGGAGGAAAGGUGGCCUUUGAGCUGACUUAUGAGGAGCUGCUUCAGCGACAUUUGGGGAAGUAUCAGCAUGCUGUCAGCAUCCGGCCCCAGCAGGUGGUGAGGAACCUCACUGUGGAAGUGAGCAUCUCUGAGAGAACUGGCAUCAACUAUGUCCAAGUCUUACCCCUCCGCACAAGUCGAUUGAUGACCAAUACUCUUCAAGGUGAAGCUGAUGUGCCACCAUCAACUCGAGUCGAGAAAGGAAGACACUGUGCUUGGAUUGUGUUCACCCCAACCCCCCAAGAACAGGAAGCCUUCUCCAGCUCAGGAAUCAUGGGUGAUUUUGUGGUGCAAUAUGACGUGGCCAUGCCAGAUGUUGCAGGCGAUGUGCAGAUCUACAGUGGCUACUUUGUUCAUUACUUUGCCCCGAGGGGGAUGCCCCUUGUGCAGAAGGAUGUGGUAUUUGUUAUUGACAUCAGUGGCUCCAUGUAUGGCACCAAGCUGAAACAGAUCAAGAAAGCCAUGCAUGUCAUACUAAGCGACCUUCACCAAGAUGAUCAUUUCAACAUUGUUACUUUCUCUGACGCGGUGAAUGUGUGGAAGCCAAGUCAAUCCAUCCAAGCUACUUCGCAAAAUAUCCGGAGGGCCAAAGAUUAUGUCAGCAAGAUGGAAGCAGAUGGAUGGACUGACAUCAAUGCAGCAUUGCUUGCAGCUGCCUCCAUCUUCAAUCAGAGUUCUCCAGUGGAGGGAAAGGUGGAGAAGGAGCCAAGAAUCCCACUGAUCAUCUUCCUGACAGAUGGCGAACCCACCUCAGGAGUGACAGCUGGCAGUCGCAUUCUGUCCAAUGCUCAGCAGGCUCUUAAGGGUACCAUCUCACUCUUCGGUCUGGCCUUUGGAGAUGAUGCUGACUAUGGACUGCUGAGGCGACUCUCACUAGAGAACCGUGGGGUGGCCCGGCGUAUCUACGAGGAUGCUGAUGCCACUUUGCAGCUCAAGGGUUUCUAUGAUGAAAUUGCCAGCCCCCUGCUCUAUGAUGUGGAGCUGUCCUAUCUUGAUGGGGUUGCACAGGACCUCACUCAGAACCUCUUCCCCAACUACUUCCAGGGUUCUGAGCUUGUUGUGGUUGGCCGAGUGAAGCCAGGAGCAUCAAAGCUGCAAGUACGCACAAGAGGGCAAGGCCAGGAAGGCCCACUGAACCUGGAAAAUGACAUUUCAACCAAUACUACUGAAACUGCUCCAUUUGGCUGCCUUGGGGAGAUCAACAAGAUUGGUCACUUUGUACAAAGGCUCUGGGCCUACUUCACCAUUCAGGACCUGCUACAAGCCCGGUUCCGAGCCAAUGACACAGCUGCCCGGCGUCUCUUGACAGAAAAAGCUACCAAUUUGUCAAUCAAGUACAACUUUGUCACCCCUGUCACCUCCCUGGUAGUAGUGAGGCCAGAAGAGGCCAGAGACAGAAACCGGCCUGUGAAAACCACCAUCCCUCCAGGGGUGACUAGAGCAUUAAAAGCCUCUUCUCAAGCAUUGGCCGUACCUGUUUUGCCAAGACUUUCUAAGACAGCUAAAUCUGUUCUUGGAAUUACUGAUGCUCCUGCAGUAACAAAAGCUUUCAAGGGAACGAUGGGGACAGGAACUGUUCCAGUGACAGCACCUAGACUCUUUAAAGCAACCAGAGCCACAUCUUCACCAGUUACGACUAUGUCCACCAUCAUCACUCCAACUAUCUAUCCCACCAUAGUACCUACUGCCACUGGCCACCCCAAAGCAGCCAAAGUCACAAUGAUUCGGGGGAGAACAACCAUCUCUUUGACUCCUGUAGCAAUUCAUAGAUCUACUAAACCUCCGAGAGCUACCACCUCCCUUAGAUCAACCAGGUCACCUGUAAUCCUCCCUAAGAUCAGUCCCACCAGAGCAGCAAGACUCAAACUCACUGUUCAGCCACACCCUGCACUGGAGACCAGAGGAACAGCCAUAACAAGGGUUAUGGCAGGGGUCCCCAGCACUGUGGCCAAGGUACCUACUGCUUUGUACCCUUCGGGCAGCCCAAAGAUCCUGGAGAGCAACUCCAACCAUUGGGAGCAGCCCAAGAUGACCCCAAGGCCAGUCACUGAGCACCAGCCACAUACAAACAGGCAAGUGAGUACUGCCAGGGUGGAGACCGGGAAACUCCCCAGGAGCAAGACAGCUACCGAGGAUGGGAUAACCUCAGAGUUGCACAUUGAGAGGCCCCAGGAGAACAGCACUGUCUCUUGGGGCACAGGACCGGGAGCCACCUCCCUCAUGACUCGGGCAGCACAAUUAGAGGGAGCCAGACAGAUUCCUGGCAGCUCCACACCUGCCUCUGACAUCAACCUCCUCCUGCUGCCUGGAGAGUCUGAAUUACACUCAACCACCAUCCGGAACACAGAAUACGUGGAGUCCUUGAACCCUCCAGCUGUAUAUAGCUUUUUGAUACCCAAGGGACAUGGAGAAAGCUUGGAUUAUGGAGACUACCCAGAUUUCUUUGAAGAAUCAGACAGUGAAUCAGACUCCUUGGGAAUGUCACCCAACACUGGCCUCUUCACUUUCUCCUCUUGGGUGGAUGGGGACCCUCACUUUGUAAUAAAGUUGCCCCAUUCACUGGGGAAUCUCUGCUUCACCCUGGAUGGACGCUCAGGAGAUAUCCUGCGGCUGGUGAGAGACCCUGCCACAGGUUUGUCAGUUAAUGGGCACCUAAUGGGGGCCCCUUCAAGGCCAGGCCACGAAGAACGUCCCCGCACCUAUUUGGAUGUCAUCACCAUAGUAGUGGAGCACCCACAUGCCAGCUAUGUGGUUAAUGUAACCCAGAAGGGUGUGACACUAUAUGGCGAGGAAGUGCUGGUCCUUCCCUUAGCUCAGCGGGCCACAAUCUACAAGCCCCCUCUGGCCAUUUCCAUGUGGCCUGAGGCCAAUAUCACUGUCCAGAUUGGGUCCAUGAUUGAAUUCCUUGUUCUGCUGCACCACUAUAGUCAUCCCACCAUCCUGCAGUUGGACCAUCUCGGCUUCUAUAUUGUGAAGGGCCAAGGCCUAUCAGCAUCAGCAGGCGGCUUGCUAGGCCAGUUCCAGAACAGCAACCUCAGCCUUUCUCCAGACCCAUCUCAGGGGGACCAAGCUGCCUGGAUGCAAAAGGACACAAACAAAGUGCUGGUCACUGAAGUCACCAAGGUGCUGAAGGAUUCAGUCCAGAGGGCUCACGAAGCUGAGUGCUGGCUGGUGAAACGCAAGGAUGUGGAAGAGUUGCUGGGGGCCUCUUACUGCACCUUCCUUGCCUCUGACCUGUUGGAAAUAUGAGCUGGCCUGCUUCUGUCCUCUGUCUGGGAGGAGCAGCCUAUUCAAAAUACUUCCACCACCCAGAGAGAAAAAUUACCAGCUUGCCCAGUUGGAUAGAGGCAAAGCUGGGGAUGGAGUGGGAUGGGGUGGGGAAGGGCAGCUUCUUGCCAUUUCAGAGUGGCCCCUACUGUUUCAUUUGUGGAUGUAUUCAGACCCCACGCGGUCAAAAUUUCUGCAUCUGGGAAACUAGUAGAAACGGGCAGGAGAGCAGCUGGGCUCGCUGCCCCCUGUUCAUUUCCGUGACUUGGAAUUCUUUCACAAUUCAUGGGGAAUCUCCUCCCAGAAGUCUCCCAUUGACAAGGCAACUCAAGUUGCUCACCCAGGGUCCUACUCAGGGAAAGAGACUGAAACUUCAACAGGACAUUUUUGUUAAAAAAGAAGGGAAUAAAAGUUACUACUACACCCAUCAAUGUUUUUGCACUGAAAGGCCCUAGUGGAAGCGAAUAAGUUUUCGUGUGUGCAAAGCAGAGUGGCAGAAUCAGGAAAAUCAUGCCAAUAAUCUGACUUAACAUGAGCUGGGGAUUCUCCCUCCACUAACCCUAUUUCCUCACGGAGCCCUCCAAAUGUAAUCCAUACAGCAAGAAUUUUACAUGACAGCCAAGAGCAGACAGGUAAAAGCCUUCGUCUCUCUAUUGUUUCUUCCCUGCAGAAGGUUGCAUGGAGCUCUUCAUGAUGCUCCAGCAUUAUAUACAUUUCUUUUACCUGUUAUGCUUAUCUUCAGUAAGAAAGCCCCUUAGCACUGCAGCCAAGAGCCAUUCCCCCACCCACAGACUCCUGAGGCCCUGCAGCACCCAAGAUUUAUUGUCCUGUAAUUAUCGCAGGAUCAGACUCUCUUUUCGUGUGUUAAUGUGUAUUUUACAAGUCAUACAAUAAAAACGAAAAUUGCUGCCGAGAUAUUAUUGUAAACCUGCAGCUAAAGCAAAUAUAGGAGACUAAUUAAAGGAAAGGAAAAGGCAGUGACCCUUAGCUGGGAGAAUGAGUCUUUCAGUUUUGCUUGAGAAAUAUCUUUCUGAUAUUAAUUUUGUGCAUCCAAACACCAACAGAUCACGAAUAAUGCCAAUUCUGAAUAAAAGGUAGCCGUGGCACUUUGCAGGGAAAAAUUCCACACGAGAUCAGUGUGAGACAGACUUCAUGGAGAAUAUCAGGGAAUGCCAAUAUAAAAUAAUUAAAUGGGCUAACAUCCCAUUUGGUUAUUUGAUGAUAAAGCAAUUUAGAGCAUCAAGAUAACCUUUUAUUCCACAACUGUCAAAAACUUGCCAAAAAAGAAAGGUUUGGAUAGCACUCCUGAAAAUAUUCCCCCAAUCGUGAAUCCUUUCAGCACAGCCCCUUUUAAAACAAAAAGCUGCACAUAAUAAAUGCCCCCACCCUUAAAAACUAGAUGUAGAAUGUAUGUCUUGGUCAUGGUGCUAGAACUCAUGUAGUAACUCUUGUGCAAGAAGCUGCUAUGUCUGUACUUUGAUAUCAAACUCUCCAGAACAUAAAUUUUGUGGGUGAGUUCUCCCGGAUCCCAGUGAAGGCAUCUGUUCCGAGAGGAACAGAAUCAGAAAAAUAUACCUCAGGCAUAUGCCACAAUAAACUGAAGGUUUUCUUUUAUUCUAACCCCUGGAAAAAAUUAUAUAUAUAUGUGUGUGUAUAUAUAUAAUUUUCCCCCCCUUAAACACACAUUUCUAGAGAGAGGCCUAAAAAAUAGAAUUCAAACAUUUACACAAAGCUUGCUGGAGUCUGGUGUAAAAAUAUGACACACAGCUGUAUUAACUGAGCCGUGCUGCUGGGUAGAAACAUCUUUUAAGUCUUGCUUAGGGGGCAUGACGCCCUCCCUGCCGCCGUAGAAGGGGGACAAGGAGAAGGAGAAGGAGAAGGAGAAGGAGAAGGGAGGACAGACUGCUUUAUGCCAAGAAUAUAAAAAACAGGCCUGGAAAUUAACAAAAUGAGAGAUCUGCAACCGGAACAGCUGUGAAGCCUACUGGAAAACUUCACAUCAUGGGGGGAAAAUCUGCUAACUUUCCGCCCUCUGCAACAUGGAAUCUCCUGGUUGGCAGCCUCAUCUGACAGAAGCGGUGCUGGCCGGUACAACUUCCAACUGCAGAUGGGAGAUAGCUGG